AUGGAUAAGCAAUUAGUCAUGCAGAAGAGGCUUCUCAUGCAAAAACAGCUACUCAUGCAAAAGCAAUUACUACUGAAAAAGCAGUUAAUUAUUCAGAAGCAGUUAAUGAUGCAGAAACAGUUACUUGCGCAGAAGCAGUCGAUGUUGAAUAAGCGAUUGCUCAUGCAGAAACAUUUGCUCACUCCGAAAACAUCAAUCAGGCAGAAGCAACUACCUUUGCAAAAGCAGUCAAUCACGACUAAGCCAUUACUCAUAAAGAUUCCAUCAGCCAUUCAAAAAAAGUUACUCUUACUUAAGCAAUCUAUCAUGAAGAGGCGACUGUUCUUACAGAAAGAGUUGUUCAGGCUGAAAAUGUUACUUAUACAGAAAAAGUCAGCUGCUCAGCAGCAGCCACCCCUGCAGAAGCAGUUAAACAUGAAAAAGGACUUGCUCAUGAAGAGGCGCGCCGACAUUCAGAAGCAUUUACUUAGGCUUGGGAUUAGAAACUACACUUCCAGUGCUGCUGCUAAGCGUCCAAUGCCGUGUACGCCAGAUUCAGAAAUAACAGGUCAUUAAUUGUAGAAAUUAUUCAGUACAUAAUCAUCAAUGGGUAACAUGGGAGCAAGCUAAGUCAUAAACCAAAAGAAUCAAAAUCCACUACAGAUUUUGAAUCCCUUGUAACACAUUGGAGCCAGUCUGCGUAUGUUUAAAUAUAUAGUUAAUGGCUCUGACGUAGGUAUUAUUGUUACGGUAAAUCAUGCGCGGUUUUAAGAAUCCAUUGCUUGUAAAGGUAUUAUACACAGUCAUUGACAUAAUAUUAUACACUAUUUUGUUUAUAAUUCCUUUACAAGCAAUAUCAUCACAAAAAGUGUAUGCAUUUUAGCAUGGGCUCUGUGUAUUACUUCAAAAUGUUGCCUAAAAAGUUUAAUGAGUUCUGUUCAACCAGAAGAAUUACUUGCUGUAAAUACAAUGCAGCGUGAAUUAUUAAGUUAUUUUUUACUAAUAACCCACUAAUUGUAGGGCAUCCAAAAAUUACAUAUUCUAUUUGUGUUUUAUCCCUAAAUCAGUUGAGAGUCUACUUCAGGGAUAGACAACAUUUGGCACUCCAGAUUUUGUGGACUACAUCUUCCAUAAUGCUUUUAUGGCCAUAAUGCUGGCAAAGCAUCAUGGGAGAUAUAGUUCAAAACAUCUGUAACCAAAGGUUGCUUCCCCUGGUCUACUUUAUGAUCUUGUCUGCCCUAUACAAAUUCACAUCAGCCCUGACAUUAUGCUGCUUUGAAUUAACAUAACACCAUUUGAAAGAUAGUAAUUAAAACAUUCUAUUGUGAUGAUGGUCACGUUGAGAUUGCCAUAAAAUAACACAGAAGCCGCCUUAUAUUUAUGUGAGCUACCCAUGACAGCUACAUGGGUUCUCCAUAAAGCAAUGCUUCCAAACCAGAUCUCAAACACACCAAAAGUCCAACAUUUCCCAAUUCUAUUCAAGUGGUGACACUGAAAGUUUCUGGACUCUCAUGACUCUCAUUAAUGUUAAAAAUUCACAUUUUUCUAAAGUGAUAACCAAGUGAAUACAGAGAUAGCCAUGAUGUUGUCUUCAAGAUAACAAACUAACCCAAACUGAUGAACAAAUGACCUAUCAGUACUUAAAUAUGGGACAUGGGUGACAAUCCUGCUGUGCAAAGAGUUUGCAAUGGUUUAAUCAUAGUUCAAUUAUUUUUUUUCAAUUCAACGCAUUACAUUACAGUACAGCAUCUCUGUCACCUGAAACUUAUCUUUCUCUUAUUGUUCCCUCUUCUCUUUUACAAUCUGUUAUUUUCUGAUCUGGUUCUCCUUAAAACACAAACAAAUUAGGGACUUUGUAUAAUUUUUCCCAUGAUUGAGAAUUUUAACAGAGGGUGGAGCUCUAGGCCAGCUUCUCUGCCUUCCUUAAUUAACAAAGUAAAGCUUGUCUUAAGCUCCACCCUUUGUCAAGAUUCUCAAGUGUAGGAAAAAUACAUAAGAGAAAGUAGUCCUUAUUUUGUUUCAUGUUUUAAAGAGGAUUAGAUCAGAAAUUAUAAAACUAACAGAUUCUGAAAGAGGAAGAGAAGAGGAAACGAUGGGAGAGAGGUGAGUUUCAGUUGACAGAGACACUUUAACUUGUGAUCAUUGCUUAUUGAUAUGACGUAUUCUAUAAAUGUUAAUGAAAAAUGUUCAUUCGUUGAAUGCGUGAAUAAUUUACAUUUAGAAGUGCUAAAACUGGCUUCCAAUGUCCUGUGAUAUGGUUUCUGUUUUCAAUGUAGCAGACAAAAGAAAUGGACAUAUUAGUCAGAUACAGACACCACCAGAAUUCUCACAUGAUGCUGCACAUGCAGGACCACCACCGAUGGCUGCCAGUUCUGCACAUAAGGUAAGAGUCAAUAGGCAAAUAUAAUAGGUAGUACAGGUAAUUUACAUAUUAUGUAUAUUUUUAUCUAUGAAAUUGUGGCUACAUAUAUAUAUGCAGCUCUCUAAUCAGGCGAUUUAGCUGACCACCUGAGGCCUCGUGGCCGCCUAAAUCGCCUCAGGGUAGAAUGAUCUGUUGGGUCCUUGGUGCAUGACGGAGGGUCCAACAUCAGGAGGGGGCUCGGUGGCACCUCUGGUCUGCAGCUCUGCCAGUGUGAGCUGCAGACCAUGUGAUGGAGGAUCUCCUAGAGCAUUGCCGUGGGUUACCACUGAGCUUGCAAGAACCCUAUCACAUGGUCUGCAGCUCACAUCCAACAGAGCUGCAGAUUGGAGGACAAGCCCACCGAACAACCAGGGAAUAAGGAACUUAAAAAAAAAAGGUAUGUAAGCCUCCACACAGCUUGCCCCCACUGUCACCCCCACCACUAUGCCCCCACACCAUGCUCUAUACCACUGUGCCCCCAACGCCAUACCCCAUACCACUAUGACCCCCGCACCCUGCCCCCAACUACUGUCACCCCCACUACAGUCACUACCACACCCUGCCUCUCACACCCUUUCUACACACUGCCCCCCUAUAAUGUGACCUUUCUACACACUGUUUCCCCCAUACAGUCACUUUUCUACACACUACCCCCUAUACUGUCACCUUCCUACACAUUGGCACCCCACACUGCUCCCACUAUACUGUCACCUUCCUACACACUGUCCUACUCUUCCAGCCCACAGGUAAGAGGCCGGGAGAGGUGGGUAAGCCCAAUUGAAUUAAACUGCUCACCCCCCAGCACUUAUCCAACACUAGAUGCAUAACAGACACUACAUCCACUGCACAGAUACUACAAAGAAACUGCAUCCACUACACAAACACUGCACGCACUACACACACUGCAUACAGCCACUGCAUCCACUACACACACUGCCUCCACUAUACACACACACAGAUAACGUAUUCAAUACACACACUGCAUACAAUACACACUACAUCCAUAACACAAAAACAGACACAGAAUCCACAACACACACACACACUCUGCAUCCACUACACACACACAUGCACACACACAUAAAACAUUCACUACAGACACUUCAUCCACUACACAAAUAGACAUUGUGUUCACUACACACACUGCAUAACAUAAUGGAUGCUGUGGUGCUUUUGGUGUGGAGGGAGGAGGGGGGCAGCAUUUUAUCCUUGGACCCAGGCAGCACAAUGUCUUGGACCGGCCCCGCAUUAAGAAAUAUUUUACGGCUGCAUUUUUUAAAAAAUAUUAGACAAAAAGCAUCCUGAAAGCACAGUAAACACUCCGGCUCAUUGUUGGUGGUUAUGGGUUUGUAGGUGUAUGAGUCAGUUUUCUGCCAAUCCAUAUUGUAUACACAGCUUCUUUUUAUAGACAAGCUAUAGUGCUUAUCAAAAUGUGAUAAUGCUGUUAGCAUGUUUCAUGAUAAUUGCGUUCCAGUAAAAUACGUAUAAAGAGCAAAUUAUGUGAAUAAAAACUCCUCACUGAGAAAACCAUGGAUGUAUAGAAUGGGUUGCUAGCAGGCCACAGUCUCCAAUAAUUUAGAGGACUGUUCUGUUAUAAAAUAACUUUUUUUUUUUCCCUUUCUUCAAAUGUUUAGUUUUGUCCUUAACUUUUUAUUUAGCCUCUUCUAUACUUGUGUUAAUUGUGUUAUGGUUUCUGUUUCAGAAAUCACCAUUAACACCAGAGCAGACAAUUAAUUUAUACAUGCACCAACUGACAGCCUUUGAACAAAGUGAAAUUUUUAACUACACUGAAAUAUAUUUUAUUGGUCCCCGUGCAAAAAAACAUCAAGGAGUAAUUGGAGGCCGAAAUAAUGGUGGCUAUGAUGAUAAUGAGCAUUUAUACAUUCCAGUGCUCCGUGACCAUAUCGCUUAUAGAUACGAAGUCCAGCAGGUUCUCGGCAGAGGAAGCUUUGGACAAGUCGUGAAGGCAUAUGAUCACAAGCUUCACCAUCACGUGGCUAUAAAAAUGAUACGAAACCAAAAGCUAUAUCACCAACAAGCUGCACAAGAGAUCCGAAUCCUUCAACAUCUGAGGAAUCUGGAUAAGCAUGACACCAUGAACAUUAUUCAUAUGCUUGAAAACUUCGUAUUCCGCAAUCAUGUCUGUAUUGUGUUUGAGCUUCUUGGCAUGGACCUCUAUGAAGUAAUAAAGAAGAACAACUACCAGGGUUUGAGCUUGCCAUUAGUCAAAAAUGUUGCACGUUCAAUUUUACAGUGCUUGAAUUCACUGCACAAAAAUAGAAUAAUUCACUGUGACCUUAAACCUGAUAACAUCUUACUGAAGCAACACACUAGCAGUGACGUUAAGGUUAUAGACUUUGGUUCAAGCUGUUACAACUAUCAGCCCCUCUCUACAUAUGUCCAGACUCGAUAUUAUCGAGCACCAGAAGUCAUCUUAGGUGGUAACUGUGCAAUGCCCAUAGAUAUGUGGAGCUUGGGUUGCGUACUUGCAGAAAUAUUGACUGGCUAUCCACUUAUCCUUGGGGUAGAUGAAGGUGACCAGCUUGUAUGCAUGAUGGAACUAUUGGGUAUGCCACCAGAAAACCUACUCAAUUCAUCAGAAAGAGCCAGUAAAUUUUUCACCUCUGUAGGACACCCUCGUUAUUGCCUUCGUAGAUGCCUGUCAGACCGUUUAGUGCUACUAAAAGGAAAACACUCUAGAAAGGGAAAUUUCCGUGGACCUCCUGGAAGUAGAGAAUUUGUGAGUGCACUCAUGGGCUGUGAGGAUCCCCUGUUCCUAGACUUUUUAAAGCAGUGCUUAGAAUGGGAUCCUGAACUGCGUAUGACACCUAGUCAGGCUCUGCAACAUCCAUGGCUACGGAGAAACAUGACAACUUAAGAUCGAUUUCCAAAUGCUCUGCGGCAAAAAGAAAGACCAAUCUCUGACACCAAACCUAAUGAACAGAGCAAUCGAUAGUAUUUCCAAAGCUGUUUGGACAUUAAUAUACCC